UUAUACUGUGUAAAAAGGUUCAAGGGUGGUUCCACAGUUGCUCUUUAGAAAUGGUGGGUUGAAUAUCCAAUUCAUAACACUUUAGAUCCAAAGAUGGGUAAAUUAUUAAAGACAAAAAAGUGAAGUAAAGUCUACUUUUUCUAGAAAGUAAUAUCCACAAAUUAAUUUAUAAAUACACUGUAAAAAAAUCCAGUUGUUUUUAUAGAAUAAAAAUGGCAGCUGUUGAUGCCAGAAUCAUAAAAACAUAGAUUCAUCCAUAAUUGAUACAUUUAAUUAGCCCAAAAAUAACACAGCAUUACCAAUUGGUUCAUGAAAUAAACCAGCCAUUUUCUAGAGAGUUUUGGUCAUUUUUAUUAAGAGGUAUGUUUGAAUGGAAAUUAUGUAUUUCUGGCUGCUAAAUGUGAAACUUGAUAUUUAUGUAGUCAUGUGAACAGUGUGUGGUAGUUACUCCAAAAAUUUAAUAUAUUACUCAUUCCUAGUUACUCAUUUCAAAAGUAAUAUUAUUACUUUACUUAUUACUCUCUGGCAAAAGUAAUUAGUUAUACUACUAGUUACAUUACUUUUCUUUCACACCCCACAUAAAUUGUAAUUGCUUAUUUUCCCCAAAUCCGUCUGAAUAUAUUCUGCCUCGUCAUUUGACCAAAAUCCACAUAGGAUCACAGUCAGAAGUUACUACAAACACUCAGUGGUGAUUAAUAGUAACAUUUAAGUGUUGUACUGUGUUAGUUGUUUAGCUUGAUUAAUUGUUUAGCUUGAAGUUAAUUGUAGCACUAAAUUCUCUGUUACCCAUAUUAUAUUCCAUGAUGUAUUUUAUCAAAAGAAAUCAUAUAAGCUCAUAAGAAAAUGUUUCAUUUUUUUUUAAUACAAUUUAUAUUGGGAUCAGAGGGAGGUGGUGGGCAAAUUGUUGGACUUCAAACCAGUAAGGAUUGAGCCAUCUAAAGUAACAAACUGUUUUAGGAAUGGUAACUGUGAUAUUAUUACUUAAAAUCAAAUUAGUAAUUAGUUACACUACUAGUUACUGCACAAAGUAAUAUUAUUACUGUAACUAGUUACUAGUAACUGUUACUGCCCAACACUGCAUGUGAACAAUGUUUUUAGAAAAAUGUUGGCGGCCAGAUGUACAUAGUGGAAAAAGUACCUACAGAGAGCCAUCAUUCUUUCAAAAAUUAUUACAAUAUAUGAUUGAAUUGUAAAUAACUAAUUAAUAAAUAUAUUUAUAUUAAAAUUUGGGAUAAAAAUAUCUCAUUCUGAUAACAAAGAACAAACAGAAAUGGCUUGAUAAGUAUUCAGCUCCAGCUGAACCUGACAAAAUUCCUGGAAUAAAAUCAAGGCUACUAUGUUCAAUUGAAAGCUCGCUCCAAACUUGACAACUGAGGCUGCAAUGCCUGCAGAACUUCGUUGGAGGUCACUGACAUCUUUGAUGUAUGUCCAUGGAUGUCUGGCUACAGAAAUGUGUGAGGGAAAAAAAAAGCAAAAAAACCAAAAACAAAGCAUUCUAAGCAAUCUUUCCGCUCCCUUGUCUUGGAGGAACUUUCUCAGGAUACCUUCUUGGGAUCUUUUUUCAUGACAUUACGCAAAGCUGAUAAGCACUGACUUAUCCUGAAAGCGGCAGGACCAAUGAUGAUGAUGCAGGCUGAUUUUCAACCGUUUGCUGAGGAAAAAUUGCCAAGUUGAAUGAGUAAUACUGUGAAACAUUCAUACUUUCACCACAGGGUUUAAGAAUACUUAUCAAACCAUAAUAGAUGUACAGUGCUUGAAGUGGGAUGGUACUCACCAAUAUGCAGCAGGCCUACCAGCAAUUCUAUGCUGUGCUGUUUACAGUACCAGACAUUUUUCUGUCAUACUGGCAGCUUAGUACUCUUUUCUGACCUGCCUGAGAAAUGCAGAUUCAGUGUCUGCUGCAUGGACGUGGACACGCUGGGUCUCUCGCGCGUGAGCGUGGACACAUUGGGUCUCUUUUCACUUCAAGCACUGGAUGUAUUGAUAUUAAAAGAGUGAAAACUUUCUGUAGGUACUCUGUUCAAGCUGUAUACUUCUGUCUUUGUGGCCAAUCAUUCAAAUGGAACCACCUUUUAAAAUACAAAUCAAUAAAAAUCUACAACAAACUGAGCAGAGUAAAUUAUUAAAAAAAAAAAAAAAAUUCAUUUUCACAACACAUUUUCUGUGUGGACCUGGUUUGGACUUCAGUGGACGCAGUUGUUACGCAGCGUGAUCGGAAAAGGUGGUCCAAAGACGUGUCUACAUGCAGCAAGAAGUUUGCGAUACAGUAAGUGUAUCAACAUUUGCUACAGGACAAUUCUCCUAUAUGCUAAUGUGUCAGUAGCCCUUGCUACACUGGAUUUGUGGUGUAUGAAGAUGGACUCACCAGUCAAAGUUAGAUCUUCGAAAUAAUGCCAUUAUUCAUUAUUUCAUUUGGAGUGGGAACCUUUGCAGAAAUCAUGAAUAUUGGAGAACUUCUAGCGACUUGCAAGCUACAUUUUUCAGUGAUAACCCCUCAGUAUGCUUUAUAUUGGGACGCAUCCUCCUCAUCCCAGUUUGUCAGAUGGUUUCUGAUUCAGUAGAUGAAAAAUUCCAAGUGGGAAGAAAUAGAUGAUUGCUUUCCGAUAAAGCCUUAAAUCAAGGAUAAGAUGGGACACCUGCAAGCACUUUGACCCACUGUGAUGCUUAAUAUUAUACGUGUUGUGUAAUAUGGAAAGUGAGUGAUAUAUCAGUGUCAUGUCCUCAGUCAUGCAUGUACAAACAUGCAAAAGAAGCUGGUAGAUGGAAGAAGAAAUCACAGAAGAUGAUUUCAAGAUUUUUUGGAGGGAAGUUUUCUUACAUCACAUAACAGAUCAAGAAUUGUUGUCAGUGAAAGGAUUACUAAUAGAAGAAACCUUCAUUUUGAUGCAACUGGCAUUUUAUUCAAGAUUUGUCUUGUGGAUGUUUUUAACCAGCUUACUUGGCAACAGCGCUCAGAUGGUUACAUGUAUCCAAAAGCUUCCAUCUAAAAAUAUUUGGGCUACUUCUCCUGUUUUGAAGAAAACAAUCUGCAGCCUUUUUGGAGUGCAUUAAUUAUGCACUUCAUAAUACAGUAUAUUUGGAGAAAUGUUCUGCUGCUGUUUUCAUGGAUUUCCACGUUUACAUCCUCAACCUGAAAAGUGGACAUUGUGGCAGCAUGGGCUCUGAACAUCUUCUCCUCUACUUCUUCUCAAGAACAUCCAAUGGGGAAGACACGUCGAGAAGCACACCUAACCAAACAUCCACACCACCUUCGGCGUUCCAUGUAUUAAACAAAAAACACCUAACAAAGAAGACCAAAUCUAGGUAAGUAGAGUGCACGAGUGAUUUUCGAAUAUGGAGAUCGUACAUAAACACUAAUAGAAAAACUUUUUCAGCAUCAAUGAUGGUGCAAAGACCUCUUCUGAAAAUGCAGUCCCAGAUGAAAACCCUUCUGCCAAAAGCCUGGAACUCUGUGACAACUGUCCUCGGUGUGAUUCAGAAGUGUGUUUACCUGAAACCAACCAGAACACUGAGCCUUCUUCUGUGAAGGAUGACGCGAGCCAACAGAACAAAAGAGAUGCUCACAAGAUCACCUUACUCUCCAGUAAAGAGGAGCCAUAUUUGUCAUCUCUCAGCUCACCAAAUAAAUGUGGCUGAUACAUGUUGGAACCGAUAUGAUGUUCAUUGUUGUCUGCUUCUACUGGACUUUCAGGAGAUGUUUAUCUAACUGCCCUUCUGAAGAUGAAACUUUUAGGGUGGGAAAUGGCAAACGAAAAAGAAAAAGUGACUCCAGUCAGCCUGAGGAAUACAAAAGGUCUGAGAUCGGCUCGGAUUGGGAGGACAGAGGGAACAACUCCAAUUGUGAUGAGAAUGAAAACAAGCCAGUCAAUCUGUCAUUCAAGCCAGAGCAAAUGAGAGAGAAGAGGUUUUUGUAUGAAAUUGCUGAAACAUUUGGUCAAAAUUCAGAAGAUGAAAACUCCUCUGCAAAAAUGCCGGAUCAACCGUCUGGAGUGCAUACAUCCUGGGAAAGAUGUCCUGUUCAUCAAAUUAAAAACAUUGCCGAUACGAGCAUCGAAGACUUAAACACUGACAUCAGUGAGCCAAUCAGAAUAAGCAAUUUUUUCCACUAUGCCAAAGUAAUUGAUUAUCUCAUCAGAUUUUGGUGGAAACAGGAAAAGCAUGAAAGACAGGAUGUCACCAUUUUAGUUGGUGGAUACUCAGUACGGUUGCAAGGAAGCGAUCUGUACUGUUGUCCAAUCAAAAAAUAUGAACAAGAGAUACAACUUCACGACAAAAAUCUUAAUUAUGCAAAAUUGAAACCAUCAGAAAAAACUGCUAAAAACUAUUCUGUGACAAUUUGGAACUACAUUAAGGGCAACCAUGACAAAGUUGAAUCCUGUGUACUGACACCUCAAGACGCCACUGCAGUAUGCGCAAUUUUGUUCUCAGAAGUUAUUAGGUAUCCUAGCAUGUUUUUCCACAACAUUCUUUUGAUGCAUUUUUAUAAAUCAUGGCGUGAGUUUUGUGACUAUCAUCCCAUGGUAACAGGAGGUUCAUGGAAACAUCAGAAUAAAGAAGGAAAAGUUCCAGAAAAAGUUUUAAAGAGAGAACAAGAAAACCUUGUAUUUUUAGCUAAGAAAAUAAUGAGAGAUGAGGGAAAAAGAGGCACUCUAUUCCAAGUUACCUUACCAGCUGAAGAACCAGAACCUCUCAUGGACUCAUGCUGAUUGCAAAAUGUGUAAAUAGAAUACAAAUAUUAACUGGGGGCUCUUUUUGAGAGAGGCUUUUGGGGUAUGGGAGCUGAACACGCAGCAACCCUUGAAGUUUCACCCGAAGAGAGGUCUCCUAAACCAUUAA